AUGGUAAGCUCUGAAGGCUUUCCGGCCGUUGAUGCCGAAAAGGAAUUGAACCCGGGCAUCGACAAGGAUUUUCAGGUCGACCCGGUGUCUUCUGAAGUUGCAACCACAAAGGAAAUUGAGGAACAAAUCGAGUCGGCAAAACAAAACGAAGAGCGGAAAAGAAAGGAAGCCUUGCAGAGUUUUAAAACGGCCCUGAUCGUGUCGGGAAUUGUCGUGGCUGUUGGUGGUGCAGUUUUUGCCAUAGCCAGAAAAAUGAAAGAGAAAUGA